AUGAGUUAUGCGUACCUCUUCAAAUACAUCAUCAUUGGCGACACUGGGGUUGGCAAAAGUUGCCUGCUGCUCCAGUUCACCGAUAAGCGUUUUCAGGCCAUCCAUGAGUUGACGAUCGGAGUGGAGUUUGGAGCGCGAAUGGUUGCGAUAGAUGAGAGGCAGAUAAAACUCCAAAUUUGGGAUACCGCGGGCCAGGAGUCCUUCAGAUCUAUAACAAGAUCAUACUACCGCGGCGCCGCUGGAGCCUUGCUCGUGUACGACAUAACGAGGCGGGAGACAUUUAAUCAUUUGACACGCUGGCUCGAAGAGGCUCGCCAGAACUCCAAUUCCAAUAUGGUCGUCAUGCUGAUCGGGAAUAAAUCAGACCUAGGUCAUCGUCGGGCUGUUAGCACUGAUGAAGGUGAAGAAUUCGCGCGGAAAAAUGGUUUAGUAUUCAUGGAGACCUCCGCGAAGACUUCUUCGAACGUAGAAAGGGCAUUCAUUGACACAGCGUCGACAAUACAUGAGAAUAUAACGGCUGGUGUGUUUGAUGUCACGAACGAAUCUCUUGGUAUCAAAGUUGGUGUAGCAUCAUCUGAGUUACCCAACUCAUCAUCGACAGCCGGAUCUUACGCUCACAAGAAUUGCUGCUGA